UGUAAACCUAGUUGCUUCCCCUAGAGAUAGAGAUCAUAACUAAAUUAGUAAUACUUAGUAAUAGUAGUAGUAGUAGUAGUAGCAAUAAACAGUAAAACAGGUUUGUAGAUUUUAUUAUUACCAUUUCUUUAUUACUGCAUAUGCAGUUUGAUAGAAAAAGUUAAGAAUAAUUAUUUUUUGCAUAUAACAGCUAAUUUAAUAAUAUUAAUAAGUUAAUUAAUGUCUAAUAGGCUAAUAGACUAAUAGGCCUACUAAAAGUAAAAGUAAAAGUAAACUAAACCAGUCGAGAGCUAGGCUUACUUACUGAUGAACUAAUACUUACUUAGAUUUAGUCUUUGUGCACUCGCUGUCGAGUAUCAUCAGUCAUGACAAUAACAGUUUAAUAUGUUUACCCCUAGUACUGGGUUAGUGCCAGAGUACUGAGAGUAGUAUUCAUUAUUCAGCUCUCAAAAACAGUUUCAAGCUCCAAAGAGUAGUUUGGACAAUCAGUGUGGGGGAAAGGGGGAGGGGGGGGGGCUGGCUUGCAAACAAAAUACACGUUGUGUUGUAGUUGUUUCAGGAAAUCCACUCAAAACUAAUCUUAAUAUGUAAGAUAACACAUAAGUAAAUAUACAUUAUACAGGAUAUGACAUGUUCUCCGAUUAUUUCUUAAGGAUGAGAAAAGGUCUGACACAAGUUCAAAAGGCACUGACUGUACAUACUUGCUUGACUGAUACUGAUAGGCAUUUUUUGCUAAAAUUCAUAACCAUUGCAACACAACAGGUUUUUGUUAUUGGUAAUAUGAAUACUAGUAAGAAUUUGUAAAAUUAAAAACAUUAUUGAAACACAAGAACAAAAAUUAACCAAAAAAUAUGUAUACACAUAUACAUAUUUAUUAAAAUUCCUACCAAGAGCGCACAUUUUUCAUCAGUUUACUUUUUACCAAAUCCACAUUUUUUGCCUUGAGUUCAAAGUCCUGAAAAACUUAAGCAAAAAAUGUGUCUAGUCUCUUUGGGAUUCAGAACAUGUAUUUAACUACCCUAGGUAGAGAACAUCUUUUCAUAUAUAAAGGCAAUGUCUUUUUCUUGCGAGGAAAAUGAUCAGUUUGAGUAAAAUCACUUCAGUGUCUAUAAAAUCUCUGUAAUCUGGGUUUCAUAUUUGGGCAGCUCUCUAAAUUGAGAGCUUGACUGCUAAGUUCUAGAAGUAGACACCUGAAGUGGAUGAUAAAGAUGAUUGACUUUUCUUAAACAUUUUUGCCUCCAUAUGGCACAUGGGGACUAUCCUGCAAAUAUGUUUGAUAUCAAUAAAUCUAGUAGAGUGUAGCAGUGAUGAAUUGUUUAACAUUGAUUACUCAUAACCAUCAUCAGUAUUUAAAGGUGCUUGCUGUUGGGAAUUAUUUUAUUAACCCAAGAUCCUGAAUAUUGAAACAAAAAUAGAAUUAAUAGAUUAUUUUCAUUUUAGGUGCAUAGAGGGUCAUAUAUUACACAGACUAUUGUAUCAUUUAUACCAGUAUUAAUAUGGUAGAGAUACUAAAACAGGCUUAAGCAGUGACAUAGGACUGAGCCAACGAAGUGUGGAAGAAGGGGUAUUAAAAACAUUUCAAUCAAGGAAAAUUAAAAUGGUGGUAUUCAGCGUUAGUUUUGUACUACUAUUAGUUAACUACGAAAAAAAAAAUGUAAUAAAAUAACUUAGGCCUUUAAUUAGAUGUUAUAUUGUAAAUUUUAAAAAAAGGCUCUGUUACUAAGUUAAAUUGCUGCCACGUAUCAUAUGGUAAAUUUAAAAAUCAAAUUCCUCUACUUUGAUCAUAAUCAUAGCAUAGGGUAGAACUACGACUCAUCAUUCAAAUUGGUAUUUUUAUAAACAUCAUGCUUACCGUAGGACCAUAGUCAAAGACUUAGAAAUAGACAAUAGAUGGAUUAUUUUUAAUUUUAUUUUUAGUCAUCGGACACAUAGUUGACAUAAACAUAAUUUUCUUCUAUUUACAAUGGCUAAAUAACAAUCAAAAGCUAGAAAAACUAUGUUUAAAUAAUUAUUGGCUUUAAUAAAGUAAUUGUACACUUUACCUCCCACUAAAUAUGUUGAAAGGGGAGUUGAGCAGAAAAAAACUUCCAGGGCAUUACAAUAUGAUUUCUUUUGCUUUAAAUAUGAAAACAUCCGGAACUUGGAAAGUGCUUGCACAAUAAAGGGGAAACCACUUAAACAUUGAGACCAACUCCAAACAAUAAGCAACAGAGACAUUGAGACCAAAUGCAAUCAAUAAGCAACAGUACGGCUAAAAAUAUACAACACAUUGUAUUGAAACAACGCAAUUCCCCAAAAGACAAAAUAUUCUGGUUGGUUCAUUGAGAUCGAGACAGCAAAUGCUAAUCAGUGUUAUUCUUGUUAGAUUAUUUACGAUGUUAGCACAAAAAAUGCAUCUGUCAGAACUACUAUUGAAAAUAUAUUUUCCAGUAGCUUUUAUGAUUAAAAAAAAAUAAUAAUAUAAAGUUUCGGUCAUUAAUUUUAGCUCCUCUCUACAUCUGGCGGUGAAUAGACAGAAAAAUAUGAUGUGUUGAAACCAUCCAUAAUUUUAUUAAAUUCAACUAAGGGGGGAAAAGGGGGAGGGGGGUGUUGCAAAAAUGGAGAAAAUUGCAGAUUUAAAAUAAAUUUACACAGUAGUGUUAGAGUUUGACAUAUGUUACAAUAUUUAGAAAUAUUUUAAAUCUAUAUUUAGAAAUCACUACGCAGCUUUACAAUUUUAAUACACCUGUCUGGUUCUAGCAUGCCUCUUUCUUUCUCAGAAAGCAGCUUGCGAUAGUUAGCAGUUAUUGUAAUACAAUAUGUUAACGGAAAAUAAAAUCAGGCUCCUAGGCAUAAUGCAGGGAUGACCAACCAAGGGCCCCUCCAUGUUAAAUAUCGUGGCAAGGAGGAUUUAUCACUAAUGUACACAUUUCUUUACCCAAUUAGUGAUUAUUUUCAUUCUUUGCAUAAACAUACAUUUGAUAUAUAGGUACUUCACCUUUGGGUGACAGUAUGCCCACCAUUUCAGUGGGUGUCCCUUGUUUGAACUGAGUUUUUAAAAAAAUAUAUGAAAAUACGUCAUCUUAAAGAAAAAUUGUUAAACCCUUUUACUAUUUGGUAACUUCUAAAUUUAAAGGAUUUAGGUAACCAAAUUUUCCAAUUAAGUGUAGAAUGAUGCAAAACUAUAUUCAGGUAUGUGCAAAAAUGCAUUCCUGCAUUUUGAAUUUAUAAAAAAAAUUCUGGGGAGCUGCUCAGUCCCUCCCCUAACCCCAUCUCUACUUUUGCUCAGGUGGCUUCAGCGGGCAUUCUCGAUUUCUGCUCCAUCACCUCAUCUUGGUCUAACAAAAGGGCAACAAUGGGAACCUUUUUAUUUGCAAAUAAAGCACUGUAGAUAUAAAUUCCAUCACCUCAUUUUGGAAGUUACACUUUUUUAGACAUGCAAUGUGAUACAUUAUACUGUUUAUUUAUUUAGUUUCUAUUACGAUAAGGUAUUGUAUGCUUUUGAGAUGGUAAAGUACUAUUCUGAGACGAUAUUGUAUUAUUUUGGGAGUUCCAGGGUAAUUAGGUCUGCCAUUGUUCAUCCUUCGCAUGUGAAUAUGACCAAGGCGUUAUUCAAUAGUGAGUACACAGAUGUCCUGGCAGUCCAAUUUGUGCUUAGAGAGCUUUCCUGCAUGAAGACACACGUUGUUUUGGGUCCUAGUUAGGAUUUAGUCGCUUUUGCUUUUCUGUAGGCGUGAGCAGUGUGCUUAUUCUCUGAGGAUUGUGUUCCAACAAUGAGUCUGCCACGCCAGCUUGUAUGAUGCAAGUGUUUCCCACGAAUCAAGGUCAAUGUCCAUGGGUUUGUGUGAAGCUUUUAGACAGUCCCUGAAGUGUUUUUUCUGCCCACCAUCUGAGCAUUGCCCUCUGGUGAGUUCAGAGAACAUUAGUUGUUUGGAAAGUCUGCUGUCUGGCAUUCUUGCAACAUGCCUUGCCCAUCUGGCUCGUCAUUUGUGUAGGAGUUAGUGGAUGCUGAUAAAGUCAGCCCAUUCAAGGACCUCUGUAUCAGGGGCUUUGUCCUGCCACCUCAUGCCAAGAAGUUUACACAGUCAGCAUAGGUGGAGAUAGUUUAGCUGUCUGCUGUACACUGUCCAGCGUAUAGGAGAGAUGUUACUACAAUGGCUCUAUAUACUUUCAGCUUAGUGACAAGUCUGAAUCGCCUUUGCUAAUUAAGACUCUUGCUGAGCCUUCCAAAUGCAACAUUUGCUUUGGAAAUUCUGUUGGUGAUCUCAUCGUCUAUUGUUAUUGCCUGGAGAUGUUGCUGCUCAAAUAUAUGAAUUUUUCCACUGCUUGGAGAUUCUAUACCUUCACUGAUAUUUUAGUUUCUUUUCCUGGAGCUCACUUGUGCAAAAUCUCUGUUUUUAUCUAAUUCAGACUCAUUGAGAUAAAAUGUGUUUAUAUAUAAUUUACUCUUUUCAGAACAGUUUGCUCAUAGUGAAAUAUCCCAUUCCAAAUUCCAUGGCGACCAAUCACCCUACAAAAGAUGAAGUGGAUGUGGAAGAUACCAAGAGUUUUGAUCAAAUCGCUAUUGCACCUCAUAAGCUUAAAUACAUUAAUCCAAGACAUAAAAAGGUGAUGGAGUACAUCUAAAAAAUGCCUGUUAUACUUUUGGAAAUGAUGAUUUAUUUUAUUUUGUGACUUAAAAGACACUUAUUUGAAGAAAUUAAUUUUGAAAAAAAUUAUUAGUACAGUAUUUUUAAAAACUUUACUGGUAAUUAAAAAAAUAAUAAUAAUUUUGUGUUAACGUUUUUAAAAAGUUUAAAUCAUAGAAACAAAAUUAAAUAUUAAACUCUGUAUUAGGUGCAUGCCAUCAUGUAUGACUACAAAUGCGAUAUCAAACUGAGAGUGAGUAAUGCAAAUUUCAAGGCACACAGAGAGGUCAGUUGUUUAAAAAUCACUACAAUAUAUAAUAUGCAGGGCAGCCUAUGAAACAAUUAAUUUUAUAAAUAAAAAUGUUGUUUAUCACACAAAAUUUGAUUUAAUAACAUUUAUUCCUGUAGCUGAACCGGUGUUAAUGAAGGAAAUCGUUGAAGAACAUUUUUUAUGCCAAUGCUGCUAGAAAGUCAUAACAGCUUUCAUAUCUUUUCAUUUUUUAUUUAUUGUCAAUAGAAUUUAGCUUAGUGAAAACAUUUGUUUUUGGACCUUACCUAAGAACAACCUGAACUGAGAUUAUAGAGGGAAAGGCUAAUAUCUGCAGUUCUGUUUUUGUAAGGUUCACUAUUUUGUUUCUUAUUUUACUCUUUGUUAAUAUUUGGGUGUCAUUGUUAAAGGUUUGAUUUGUCAAGAAUCCAAUAAAACUUUUAAUGCUUAAUUUAUAUUUCCAGGUAUUAUCGCAGGCCAGUGACUAUUUUUCUGCUAUGUUCAGCCACGAUAUGUUGGAGAAAGAGAGAGAUGUUAUAGAACUGUUAGAGAUGUCUCCAAACGGUUUUGCUUUGAUUCUAGACUACUUCUAUCACGGGCACGUUACAAUAGAUCAAGAUUCAAUAGAGGAUGUUCUGGAAGCGGCCAGGUUUUUUCAGGUUGGUAAACAUUUUUCUACAUAGCCAACAAUCUUUUUUUUUUUAAUCAGGUGCCUGUAGUUAUUAAAUUUAGCAUUUACAGUUGAACCCACUGAUCCCGACCUCGCUUAUCUCGCCAACCCUUUUAUGUUGAAGUUUUUGAAGUGGAACAGCAAAAUUCUCUCUUUGUCUUAGCAUUUUCUCAUCAGUUUUGUCGAUUCUUUUAUGUCGCCGAACCCUAAUAUCUCGAGCACAAAAGGGGGCCAAAUUUGCCACUUAAUGUCAGAUAUCUCGAUCGCCAUGACCAAUCGUGGGCUUUUGAACUCAGCAAGAAGAAAUAGCAAACAGCAAAUAAACAAGUAUUGCAUAAUAACAAAUAAUGAUUUAUUUCUCAAAAUACAGGAGUGAAAGAAUCCUUAUAUUGGGUAUUAUUUGGAAUCGCGAAAAUUUCAAAAGCAACCAAACCUUUCAAUUGCCUGUAAUUUUAAGCAAAAUUUCGUAUUUUCCUGACCUACUUCGUGUAUCACCUGAUUUGGCCCUGAUCUUUGAUUAAAAUAAGCAUUUUGAUUGGUUCCUGUGUCGGAAUUCUGUUUUUAAUAACUUCUUCCAAGAGCUGCAUCAAAAAAAACAAAAACAUGUGCAUGUACAUUCUUAUUUCUUUACGCCACAUUAUGUACAUAAAGAAAUUUCAAGCACAAGUUAAUAUAUUGCCGCCAUAUUGGUUUUAUUUUAUCUCGAUCAUCGGUUAUCUGGAGGCUUUUUGAGAAAUCCCUAAGCUGGCGACAUAACCGGGUUCAACUGUGAAUAACUUUUUGGUGAAAUCUAACAUCUUAUUAUAUCCAUAUGUCUUUUACAAACAAAGAUAUAAUUACACGUUUCCAAAUUAGCCUCAUGAAUGGAAAUAAAGUUUUGUAAUUUUGGGUGCAUACAUUUAUAACUCAUUGUUUUUUCAGUUAAAUUUUUCUUUCAUCCACAAACAGGUUGACUGGGUUGUUGAGGUUUGCUGUGACUAUUUGAUUCACCAGCUGAGCAUUGACAACUAUCAAACUGUCCUUCAGCUGGCAGAUAAAUAUCUGCUUGGGGAUCUACGUGGGGAUAUCUUCCAUUUCUUGGGCCUCAAUGUCUUGAAGCUGGCAGAGGAGGAAGAUUUUUAUCUCAAUUUUGACCUGGAGCUUCUGACAAAGUUUCUAAAAGAAGAUGUCUACAUUGAAGCUGACGAAGAAUUUAUUUUGGAGCUCAUAAGCAAGCAAGUUUUAAUCUAGCAAAUAUUUUUUUGAGCUACAUGAUAAUUAAACUUUUAAUAUAUUCUUAUUCAGCUCUACAGUGAGUAUAACAUUAUGGGCCAUCCAUAAAUGACGUCAGGGGGGGGGGGUGGUGGUGUCAGAUUUUCGUGACGAUGUGUGAUGAGGGGGAGGGGGGCGCUCAAGCCAUGUGACGUCCAAUGAAAAGCAGAAUGUUGUAGUAAAGAAUUGCACUUAGUAACACUAAUCUAGCAAAUAUUUUUUUGAGCUACAUGAUAAUUAAACUUUUAAUAUAUUCUUAUUCAGCUCUACAGUGAGUAUAACAUUAUGGGCCAUCCAUAAAUGACGUCAGGGGGGGGGGUGGUGGUGUCAGAUUUUCGUGACGAUGUGUGAUGAGGGGGAGGGGGGCGCUCAAGCCAUGUGACGUCACAUGAAAAGCAGAAUGUUGUAGUAAAGAAUUGCACUUAGUAACACUAAAUUAAAGACUUUUUAAACAUUAUUUUUUAAAAAACACAAUUUUAAUUAUUUUAUUUUAAAACUACUAUCACUGAGAGAAUCUGUACAUUAGGUAUGCGAGGUCCAAAGAAUGGCCUCUGAUCAAGUUACAGGGCGCCCAGUAGUAGGAGAAUCGGAAGGUAGUUACAUCUGGCUAAAUCUAGACACUGGAAAUGGGAUGGAGCGGGGAAAAAAGGUUGACCUCGGGAUGGGGGGUAUCUUAGUAAAUGCUCUAGGGCAGGGAUUCUUAACCUUUUUUGCAGCGUUGCAGCCCCACUCCAUUUUAAACAUCCCUCCCCCAACCGUAUAAAUUAUUUUUUAAUAAAAUUUAAAAUAAUUAAAUAAUUAAUUUAUCUUAGUUCUAUUUCUUUAAUUAACUUUUUAUAAACAGGGGAAAAAUUUACCAAUACACACAAUGCGUCAAUGAAAUUCAGCAUUGACUGCUUUUAAUCAAAUCCAUAAAAACUUUUCUUUUUUUUUUUAAAGCAGCAACAACUAGCAAUUGCAGCAAAUAGUAUCAGUGCCGUAGCUAGGGCUGGUGUCACCCGGUCCGGUAAGCUCGUGGUGUCUACCCCCUCCCCUUUUUACGAUGUAUUUCUUCUUGUUAAACUUAGUCCACAGUAUAAGAAAUUCAAGAACAAAAACAAAUUAAUUGAAGGUCAGGGGGUAAAUGUAUUUAAGAACUGCAACGUUCUUAGAAUCGCCCAUUGUUAUCAAAGGAUAGUUGUAUUUCUCAGAAUUUAGAUAAAAAUAGCUUCCUGCCACUUACAAAAGUUGCCGAACACUUCCUUCGGUGAUGAAACAUGGUCAAAACAGUGUGUUUCUGACCUAAUAAUAAGGUAAUCUAAUUGCUGACGCAUCAACCUUGAAAUUUUAAUAUUAACGAAACACACAUUUUGAUUGGUUACAUGGGUGGAAAAUGUACGUGUCAUCUGUUAUCCUUUUAUUAAUUUUGAUUAGACUGAUCAGUGUGUGCUCUGUAAUUACGCUAUCUUUCAAUUUGGUGUCACCCCCUGAGAUGUUGUCGGCCGGUGCGGUCCGCGCCCCCCUAGCUAUGCCACUGAAUACGAUUUUUUAAUCUUCCUCACUUCAAAACUGGGGAGGUUCUUGUACCCCUGGUUAAGAACCACUGAUCUAGUGAAAUGUUUCUGACACGGGUGCAGUAAUUUGAUAUCCAUGGGAGGCGAAUUUCUUAAGGGUUUGUAAAGGACAGUAGUGGACACAGGGAUUUAUGGGGGGGGGGGCGGCGCAGAGAUUUGUAACGUUAUAUUUGAGGCGGGGUCUAACUUUUUGUGACGAUUUGUAACGAUGGGGGGAGGCGGGGGGAUAAAAAAUCUGCAAAAUUUGCGUGACGUCAUUUAUGGAUGGCCCCUUUUCCCAAGUUUAUUAUUUUUUUCAACAGUAUUGAGAAGUUGGAUUUGUAUUUUCUUUAGAGAUACUUGCAUCAAAUAAUAUGAACAACCAAUGAUAAUUGAAUGCUUUGCUAGAUUUGUAGAAUUAUUUAUUUAGAAUAUAUGAUAAGACACAAUACUGAUGUAAAGACAUAAUACUGACAUAAAGACAUGGUACCAGUUUCAGUUUAUGAAAUUCAGAUCAAUGCUUUUUUUUUUAAACGAAUUUGCAUUACUUAAAACUAUUGGGGGCUUUGCAUAAAAAAAGGCAUGCAGUUUUGUGGUUUUAAUAUUACCAUUGUCAUUUCACUUUCAGGUGGGUGGCUGCUAAGAAAGAAGAGAGACAGGAGUUUUAUUUGCCUCUUCUACGAUUGGUCAGAUUCCCUCUGAUGGAUGCUGACUCGCUGGAGGGCAUACAACAAGAGCUGUUAAAGUGGCCAGAGGUGCAAGAUGCCAUAGAGGAGGCCAAACAUUACAACAAUAAUAUUCCUGCUCAAAGUCUAUUUAAGGGUUAGUUGAUUUCAUAAGUCAAAUAUUCCAAGGAUAGACAUUUUGUAAAUUUUCUUGUUCUGUCAUUAUAUAGCAUUAGAUUAUUUUGUUUUUGUGAAUAACCGUGAGUCCUAAACAUCUUUUUUUGGGGUAAAUUUUUACAGGUCAGCAGUUCAAAUGCAGAGGGUCACGCUCCAGCAUAGUCUUGCUCACCUUCUCUACUGAGGUGUGCGCUGUUUCUUAUCAGGAUACUGCAACCAGGGUCCACUGCCAUGAAGAGCUUGCUAGUUCAGGCACUGAGACAGACUUUGACUCUUCAAGUAUUGCUAAAGUGGGAAACUUUUUAUACCGAUCUGGGGGAUACGAUACCAAUGUAUGUAGCAGUGCCUCGGUGUACCGCUACAACCCUAGAUACAGAAACUGGAUUGAACUAGCCAGCAUGAAUCACCCAAGAGUUUCUCACGCAAUGUGUGCGUCUGAGGAUAAAAUCUAUGUCUUUGGUGGGAUAGACCACACCAUUGGAGAGUUUGGAGAUGAAGAUACUAUAUUAAACUCUGUUGAAGUGUAUGAUGUGCGUGAAAAUCAAUGGCAGAAUCUCCAAGAAUUGCCCACUGGAUCCUACAAUCAGGCCGCUGCAUACGAUGACAACUGUCUUUACUUGAGUGGAGGUAUUAGUGCGGAUCCAUUCGACAAUGUUCCGAUGCAAUGCCUUUGGCAGUUUAAUAUGGAUCUGGGGAACUGGAGAAAUCGCAGGGACAUGAUUUACCAUAGACAGGGACAUUCAAUGACUGCAUACAACGGGAAGCUCUAUGUGUUUGGUGGGUAUACGCAAUCUGAUGGUGUUGCUGGCCAAGUUUUUAGGGAUUGUUUCAAUUCAGAAGUUCAUGACAUUGAGACCAACCAGUGGACAGAAAUUCGACCCCUCCCAGAAACAUUUGGACAUGUCAUGAGGAGUGUUGCCCUCUGGGAUGGAACAUUUUUCUUGUUUGGCAAUGGCUGCUUGCACUCAUACAAUGUUGAAGAGGACAAAAUGCAGUAUGGCGAUAACAUAGGUACAUCUGUACAGAAAAUUGCUUUAUUGGAAGUAGCUUAUCCUAUUUAGUUCCAUUUUUAGUUUAGAAAAAAGAAUUGGUGUCUCUCUUUAUGCAUCAACUGUUAGUUUUUAGGAGAUGUAUUUAUUUAUACCGUCGCUAGAUUUUAUACGUUUACAUUUUUCAUAACUGCUUUUAAAAACAAGAAAGAUAAAGUCGUUUAGAAACAAAUAACCAAUUAAAUGCGAGAAAUAUUUCUAUCAAUCAUAUACUACUCUUUUUGCAUAUCUUUUUCUUGAUUUUUUAUAUUACUGAUAAGAAGCAAAGAUCACUAGCACUGUUUAUGUUUAAAUUAUACGAAACAUUCCAUGAUCAUUCCAUUUUGGUUGUGAUGUCUCAUGGUUUCCAAAAAAUGAGAUGAUUUUAUUAUAUGUCAACCUUUUUCUUUUUAAAAUCACAAAUUUAUUCCACUCCCACCUGAGAAUAACAGAAUUUAUAAAACCGAGGUGAUUUUUUUUAAUACUGGUUUUUAAAAAAACUUGUUUAAAAUUUGAAAGCUACCCUUAAUUUUUUGUGUUUGUUGUUAUUACAUUAAUGUAUCACAACUUUAUACAUUUUAUACUUAUAGACGACUCACCUUGUUCAUAUUUCAUGCUUGAGUAACUCCAAUGUACAUUCAUGUCUACCUUAGUUAGUAACGUAACUGGUACAUAAGGAUUUUUAGAAGAUCUCAUUUUUUAAAUCUUAGGUCUAUCCUUUUUACAGAUGAUGAACAAGUAACUGUUAAUACCAUUUAAUGGCAUUUAGAUUAAUGUGAUUUAACUUUAUUUUUUAAUAAUGUACCAUUGUUUCACAUUAAUUACUCUCAUUAUAUAAAUUAACCAAAGGAAUAUUUAAAACGAUUUUUGUUAUCAUCAUUCAAAUAUUUCCUUUUCUCUUUGGUCUCGUCAUGGGAUUCAUGCUAACAUUUAAAAGGAAUAAGAUAUAAAUCAAGGCAAAGUAUACAAUUUAAUUAACAAAUAAAAAUAAAUAAUGAAUGUUUGAGAAGUAAAGUUCCUGAUAUGGAACAACAGAUGGCCUGAACCAUAUUAGUUAAUUAUUAUAAAAAUAAAAACUUUUUGUUAAUUUAAUCAUUUAAAGUUAUUUCAUAUUAAUUCGAAACAAAAAUCUUGAUUACCAGUAUUAAACAUUGUUGAGUAUAUAAAUAGUGAUUUAUAAUGAAAUGAUAAAAUAAGUAAGCACAAAAUUUAUUCAUCUCUAUUUAUUCUGUUGCCUUUGAGUAGCAACCUAAAAAAUAACUAAAUAAGUUAAAAUAAUAUGGUAUAUCAAUGAUUUGUUGUGUGCUUAAUAAUGACAGUGCUUCCUGGGCCACUCCAUAUGCAAAGACGUUUUGAAAUCCACCUAUUGAAUGUUGCUGAGUUAGAUCAUUGAUUUCUUUGUCUCUAAAUCAGUCAUAUUCAGAUUUUUUUACUUAAAAUUUCUUAUGUGUAAAAAAAACCUCAGGACUCAUCUGCAGAAGAAAAGAUCUUACAUUUUUGUCCUUGAAAGAGAGACAUUAUAAUGGUGAAUUUAUUCUCAUUUUGAAAGUGCAUUUAUUUUCUGUUAUGUCAGCUAGUCUCUAUCAAAGACAAUGGGGGAAAACAUACUCAGCAGGAGCCAGUGUGCUGCUUUGGAGGAUGGGGAGGUUGGGUCAUAGGGGAUUCCCUACCCUGGCCAAAAAAAAAAAAAAAAAAAAUCCUAAUAGCUCAGUGUGUUUUGCCAUCCCCACUGGUUAAAAAAAAACAGUUUUUAACACUAAUAAAAAUGAAAUAUUGAAAUAACGUGUAAAAGAUUGUAAAUUUAAUUUUGAAUGAAUGAGAUUUAACCCCAUUUUAUUUUGUAUUAUUAUAUUAUCUGUAUUAGAGCCAUUAGUUAAAGCAUUUCAAAAUGUUAUAUUGUUGAUCCUAGUUAUGCAAUGAUAAUAAUUGGCUUAGAUUUUUCCAAAUAAUAACUUUUUUAAUUGAAUGGAAUAUUUUGCAGUUAUGUUAUUUUGGGGACAAUGUGAAAACUAUACGUGGAGUAUAUUUGAGGACUCUCCAUUAAUUAAUUUCUUAUCGAUUUAUCAGGAUUUUCUAAGUUAGUUUAGAAGCCGACAUAGUUUAGUGAGGAUUGAUGGAUUGUGCCUGAAUCUCUAUCAUUGGUAGUGGAACUCUAUAAUUGGUAGUGGAGCUCUAUCAUUGGUAGCUUAAAACAACAAAGAACAGCAAGCAAUAUGAGGACUUUUAUUUAUCUUGGUGAUUUUUUAAAUAUUCCAUUCCUUUUGAUCAUUAUAAAUGGUAGUUUGCUGACUAAAGAGCCUGCUUGCUUAUCGUCAGUUGGUAACUAAUACUUUGUCUACGUUUAAAUUUUUUGCUUUUUUUUUUUUAAUCUGCUAUUAUAUACACACUAUCUUUAAGAUAUCUUAAAUGUAGCUUACCCUCUUUAAAAAAAACUAUAAAUUCCCCAUGUAAUCAAUAAAAUAUGACCAAAGCCACCUUAUAAUAUAUUUUUUUAAUAUAAUGUUUGUUCAAAUUUGUUAUUACUUCACAUUUAACUUUCAAAUCAUAUAAAGAGUUCCCCUGGGUAAGGUUACCAGCAGAUUUUUAUAAAAUACUUCUUUUUAUAUUUUAUUUUGCUCCAAAUUUGAAAUCUUAUUUUUUUAAAUAUACAAAUCACCUUUUAAUUUUUUUAAUGAAUUUAAGAAUUAAACAAAAAAAAAAGUCUUUGUGAAUCAGCUUCGUGUUACCUAUUCCAUCACAUCUUUGUGAUUGUGUACAGUGAACAUAAAUCGCUUUAAAGAUCUUUGGACUUGCGGACUAAAUGAUAAAUUCUACAUUGUCUUAACAUUUUAUGUAAAUUAUCAGAGUAUAUCACAUUUUAUACAAUUUCUUAAAAGUGUUGGAGUAAAUCUUAAUUUUUACUACAGAAACUUCUUGUUGGAUUUUAAACUUACAAUACAGAAAAAAAGUAAUACAACUGCUGGGUUUCUGAGUUAUUUACAUGUAAAGAAUCAUUUUAUAGAAAAACCUUUGCACUAGUUUCCUUCUUUACUUCACUGUAAUAGUGAUAUUUUGUUGGCAGUUUAGGAAAGAGCUUCCAUAAUUAUUCCAUUGUAACAUUUUAUCUAUUUUAAAUGGUGUUCAUAAUCUCAAGAAAAAAUAAUUUCGAGGCAAGUUUUACAUUGACAUUUUGAAGUAAAGCAGAUCUGUGUUGAGAUUUGAUACCAAUUUCUUGUGCUUAAAAAUAUAGCUUAUGGGGAAUUGAAAAUGUCUUUGUUUUAUUCAUACAGAGGGAUAUUUAUUCUUGGAAGUAUUUUUUUUUAAAUUUGAAUAUUUAACUUACUGCACCCCUCUGACUUUGUCUUUCAUCUUUCCUGG